CGGAACCUCUGUAUAUUUGUUGAUUUUCUGGAUCUCCACGUUUUUAUUUCCAACUUUAAACAUGUACUUACUUGAAUAAUUUCUGAAAAAACUUAACUGACAAUUAAAAAAAUCAACUGAGAAAAUAGCAAUUAACCAACUAAAAAACUUUCACUUACCUUUCUCUUUCUCUAACAUUUUUAUUCAUUUCCUUCCCCCUUAAAGUCCAGGCUAUCACGAAAGGACACAUUUGUGUUCUAGUAUUUUUAAGUCUGUCAUUUUCCUCUUUUUAUUUUGUUGUCUCAAAAAAAAUAUUUUUUUCCCCUGCCUUUUUAGUCAUUUUCUCUGUCAGAUUACACUAUUAGAUAAAAUGGCAGUUGCUUUAAGAACAUUCGCAAGUACUUCAAAAAUUGGCUGGAGUAAAUUGUUUAUUCAACAAACUGUGAGAAUGAGCACUGAAAAUUUUCGAAUUGAACGAGAUACUUUUGGAGAAUUAAAGGUGCCCAAUGAUCGUUAUUAUGGUGCGCAGACUGCUCGAUCCAUGCAAUUUUUCAAAAUUGGAGGGCCAGAAGAGCGUAUGCCGCUACCUAUUAUUCGUGCUUUUGGUUAUUUAAAAAAAGCUGCUGCUUCUGUCAAUCAGGAAUUUGGACUUGAUUCUAAAUUAGUUGUUGCUAUUUGUCAGGCUGCAGAUGAAGUAAUUUCUGGUAAAUUGGAUGAACAUUUCCCUUUGGUUGUUUGGCAAACUGGAAGUGGGACACAGUCUAAUAUGAAUGUUAAUGAAGUUAUUGCAAAUAGAGCUAUUGAAAUACUUGGGGGUGUUCUUGGAUCGAAGUCUCCUGUUCAUCCAAAUGAUCAUGUUAAUAUGUCACAAUCCUCCAAUGACACCUUCCCUACUGCAAUGCAUGUAGCUACUGCACUAGAAAUAAAUGAUCGACUUUUGCCGGCUUUGAAAUAUUUUCACGACGAAUUGGAAAAAAAAGCUAAAGAAUUUGAACAUAUUAUUAAAAUUGGUAGAACUCACACACAAGAUGCUGUUCCUUUAACUUUGGGACAAGAAUUUAGUGGUUAUGUUGUUCAGGUUGCCAAUGGAAUUGAACGAAUUAAGUCAACAUUGCCUCGUUUAUAUGAAUUAGCUGCUGGUGGAACUGCUGUUGGAACCGGAUUAAAUACACGAAAAGGAUUUGCUGAAAAAAUUGCUAGUAAACUUUCUCAACUUACAAAUCUUCCAUUGGUAACAGCUCCAAAUAAAUUUGAAGCUUUAGCGGCACAUGAUGCUUUAGUUGAGGUUCACGGUGCUUUAAAUGUUAUUGCAACUUCUUUUAUGAAAAUAGCUAAUGAUAUUCGGUUUUUGGGGUCUGGACCUCGUUGUGGAUUGGGAGAAUUGUCUUUGCCUGAAAAUGAGCCUGGUUCUUCUAUUAUGCCUGGAAAAGUUAAUCCAACACAAUGUGAGGCUUUGACAAUGAUUGCUGCUCAAGUUAUGGGAAAUCAAGUAGCAGUAACAAUUGGUGGUUCUAAUGGACAUUUUGAAUUAAAUGUAUUUAAACCUUUAAUUGUCCGUAAUGUUUUACAAUCAAUUCGUUUAUUAUCUGAUGGAGCAGAAUCAUUUACAAAAAAUUGUGUUAUUGGAAUUAUAGCAAAUGAAGCAAAUAUUUCAAAAAUUUUGAAUGAAUCUUUAAUGUUAGUAACAGCAUUAAAUCCCCAUAUUGGUUAUGAUAAUUCUGCUAAAAUUGCUAAAACAGCUCACAAAAAUGGGACAACAUUAAAAGAAGAGGCAAUAAAAUCUGGAUUAUUAAAUGCUGAGCAAUUUGACGAAUGGGUUAAACCAAAAGAAAUGAUUGGACCUAAAUAA